CAGAGGGAGGCAGGACUUCCUGUUUUUUGGAGUCCCUGUUGGAAGUGACUGCAGGCGAAUCGGCAAUUACCGAGAGUUCAGGGUGUGCUAGUUGCUGCUUUCGGCGCCAAAAAUGCCGGGUCUGGCGGCCGCCAGCCCUGCCCCGUCUGAGUCGCAGGAGAAGAAGCCGCUGAAGCCCUGCUGCGCCUGCCCGGAAACCAAGAAGGCUCGCGAUGCGUGCAUCAUUGAGAAAGGAGAAGAGCACUGUGGACACCUAAUUGAGGCCCACAAGGAGUGCAUGAGAGCCCUGGGAUUUAAGAUAUGAAAUGGUGGUCUGCUCUGAGAAUGAAUGAUUCCUGAAAAAUGAAGAUUCAGUAACUUUGGGAGUUCUUUGAACUUUGAUAAAUAAAAAAGUAUUUAUAAUUCAUUAAAAAAAAAUAUCCCUGGUCAGAAA